AUGGAGCCCGACAAGGCCCGCCGCUGGUGGCUCCCCGGACCGCCCCCACAACGCCGUCUUGUGUCCAUUGCCGAAGUGGAGGAGUCGCUUUGCAGGGACGGCACCCCCGAACUUUCGAUUCCCGUUCGACAUGUUAGCGUGACGGGGCUCACGCUCUUUGCGACAGGCCACCCAGUGGCGGCCUCGCCCCUUGAUCCGUACCUGGGCCAUCUCGACAGCCCAAGUAACAACAGCACAAGUACGCAUUUGUUCCACGGAUGCGGGAACGUUACAGGGCCGGAAGUAGCAGAGUCUUUCUCGCGCAGGGGGCCUUGCAUACGCUUUUCCCGUGAUCGGAGCUAUUUCUCGUCGAGUCGGGCGGUGUACUGGUCCAACUCGAUCGAGUUCGCAAUCGCAUGGAGCUUCUUCUCGGAGACGGGCCAUUGGGAUCCCGCAGAAUGUGAUAAGCCCGGUAUUUGGCCGUUCCAGUGUCUCGUGUACGUAUCGAGGCUAGACCUGGAGAAAACGAACUUCGAAAACGGAUUGCAUCUGAUACCUGAACCGCAGGGAUUCAGAGAUGAGGAGGAAAUGGAGAAUUGGUGCGAUUCAAACAUGAGCAAGUCUCCAGAGAAGCAACUUGUCUCACCGCCUGGGGCGGCGAAGACGGAAUGGGGGUUAAUUGGGUCUCGGAUCCCCAAGCAAACAGCGAAGGGCUUGGCAAAAUGGCACGAGCAGGCUGACAAGGUCUGGCUGUUUGCCAGCUGCAAUGAAACGAGCAGCACCACCAUUGCCAGAGCCGGUUUGGAGAUACUCUGUAUUGCGUUCACGCCUGGUCCCGAAAUACGACAACGCGUGUCCAAGUUGUAA